AUAAGUGGCCAAAUAACUCAUCUCUAUUACAAUUACAAGGCCAUGAAUGAUUAAGAGACUUAUAUAUAUAGAUACAAAUGAAGCUUCAACAGCACAAACUUUUUGUGAGAAGCUUAAAAUGACUAAACAGUUGGAUUCCCUCAUGGGGAAAAUGAAAGGUUUAAGCCUUCUACCUCUUGGUGGUUGCUUUGAUAGCUGCUAUGAUCAGACACAAACCCAUGGAUUAGGGACAAGGAUUUGGAACCUCAGUGAUAGGCCAGUGGAACUACAAAUAAGGGUUGGAUCAAUACUCAAGAAAGUUCAUAUUUUGAAGCCAGGGUCUUCAAAGAGAGUGAAAAGUAAACGCAUAUAUAAGACGUAUAUGCCUAGUAGAAGUGGAAGCAAUAAUGUGGGAAUGAAGAGUUUAUUGUAUUACUAUGAUGAAACUUGUCACCCUUAUAUAUGGAUUCAUGAUAUUGGGGGUGAUUCCUUAAGGAUGGUAAAGCAACAGUAUAUAAGUCUUGAAGAUUUGAAGGUGUCUUCUGAGAUUAAGAUCUUAAGGGAUCAACAUAAAGGUUGCAUUUCAGUUUGUAAGAGAAUUAGGCCUGAUUUCUGUUGAAUAUGAAUGUAAUUAACUUCUUUUCUAGCUUGUUUGUUAUCAUGGGUGAGAAAUAACGUUUUUAUUUCUUGCUUUUGUAUUUUGCUUUAUUGGGUGUGUUAUGAAUUGCAGAACAAUCCCAUUCAUUAUUAUGCUUAA